UAUGUGGCGUUUGGCUCGCUCUUCUUCAUCCUCCUCUCCAUCUCCACCUUCUGCCUGGAGACCCACGAAGUCUUCAACACCAUCUACAACAAAACAGAGAACGUCACAGUUGGCAACGUGACAACAGAGGAGAUAGUGUAUGAGGUCGUUACAGAUGGCUGGCUGACAUACGUGGAGGGCAUCUGCGUCAUGUGGUUCACCCUUGAGGUAAUGGCGCGAGUCGUCUUCUGCCCCGACAAGGCGGAGUUCUUCCGCAGCGCCCUUAACAUCAUUGACUUUGUGGCCAUCGUGCCCUUCUACCUGGAGGUGGCGCUGAGCGGCCUCUCUUCCAAAACAGCCAAAGACGUGCUGAGCUUCCUGCGCGUGGUGCGCUUUGUCCGUAUCCUGCGUAUCUUCAAGCUGACCCGCCACUUUGUUGGUUUGCGGGUUCUGGGCCACACUCUGCGGGCGAGCACCAACGAGUUCCUGCUGCUAAUUAUCUUCCUGGCGCUGGGCGUCCUCAUCUUUGCAACCAUGAUCUACUAUGCUGAAAGAAUUGGCGCCGAUCCAGCCGAUCCGACGGCAGCGGCCCACACUGCCUUCAAGAACAUCCCCAUCGGGUUCUGGUGGGCUGUGGUGACCAUGACCACGCUGGGCUACGGGGACAUGUACCCUGAGACCUGGUCUGGAAUGCUGGUGGGGGCCCUCUGCGCCUUGGCCGGUGUGCUGACCAUCGCCAUGCCUGUGCCUGUCAUCGUCAACAACUUCGGCAUGUACUACUCCCUGGCCAUGGCCAAGCAGAAGCUCCCCAAGAAGAGGAACAAACACAUCCCUCGAGCGCCCCAGCCCGGCAGCCCCAACUACUGCAAGCCAGAUGCCCUUGCAAUGGCAACCGCCUCGCCGCACAGGCUGAUGGGAAAUGUGAUCGGGCCGGGCAUGGUGGGAUCCGGCAGCAUGAUGGGAACUGGAGACUGCCCAUUGGCACAGGAGGAGAUCAUCGAGAUCAACAGGGCAG